AGGCGGCCGAGAGCUCGGCGCCCGCCGGCCGCUCCAUCGGGCCCCGCCGCAGGAAGAGGCGGAGCGCGGCGGAGCGUUGGGCCGGGCCGCGGCAUGGGCAGGGCCGGGGCCAUGAGCGGGGCCGGGCUGGGGGCGGCGGUGCGGGGCUACAACGCGGAGCUGCAGGAGGGGCUGGCGGAGCUGCGCGGCCGGCGGCAGGAGCUGAGCGGCCGCAUCCGGGAGGAGGAGGCGGAGCGGGACCGGCUGCAGGGGCGGAUCGUGGCGCUCACCAAGCGGCUGCUCCGCACCAGCGACAGCCUGGCCCAGCACCUGGCCGAGCGCGCCCAGCUCGACGCCGUGAUCGCCGAGACCGAGGCGGCUUGCGGCCAGGUAACGCCCUGGGGCCAGGUAACCCGCAAGGGCCAAGCACCCCGCACACGGGAGGCUGAGCGUGGGCUCGGCUCGGUGCUGGCUUGGGCUCGGCGGGAGCCUGUUGGGAGUUCCAUCGGCGUGGGGCUGGGAGCGGAGCCCUGCGAGAGCAGCGCUUGCAGGGGAGAAAGUGGAGGAAACCAGAAGCAGGACCCUGACCCGGGGGAUGAUCGAUGGAUGCAGAUACUGGAGGCAGUGCCAGAUGACCUGAAGCAGGGGUGUGCUGGUAAAGCCAGUGAGGCAUCAAACACUUGAAAAGGACAGCAAGCACGUGAAGAGAAGCAUGGCUAAGCGGCUUUAAUAAAAGUCUUUGCUUUGCAGAGGUCAA